GGGAGUUUAGCUUGUAGUUUUAGGACGUACGUGUGACGCUAACACGUUGGACUCGGAAGUGGCGGUGAAGGCGUGGUUGCCGGGGAGACUGUGGGAUGGGGAAAGAACAGGAGUUAUUGGAGGCCGCUCGCACCGGGAACCGGGCAGCAGUGGAAAGGCUGCUUGGAGGAAAGCGACUUAGCGGUGCGGGGCCGGGCGGAGCCAACGUUGGAGGCGUGGGGCUUACUGGUGGAGUAGCUUCUAAUCACCCUCUGAGCAGCUUGCUUAGCAUAUGGCGUGGCCCCAAUGUUAAUUGCGUUGACAGCUCAGGCUAUACUCCCUUGCAUCAUGCUUCCCUCAAUGGACACAAGGAUGUUGUGGAAAUUCUCUUGAGAAACGAGGCUGUUACAAAUAUUGCUGACUGUAAAGGCUGCUUCCCCUUGCAUCUUGCAGCCUGGAAAGGAGAUGCUCACAUUGUUCGGCUUUUAAUCCACCAUGGUCCUUCCCAUGCCAAAGUGAACGAGCAGAAUGUCCCAGAAGUGAAAAAGUACGGCCCCUUCCAUCCUUAUGUGAAUGCCAAGAAUAAUGAUAAUGAGACAGCCCUUCAUUGUGCUGCACAGUAUGGUCAUACAGAUGUGGUACGUGUUCUGCUGGAGGAACUGACAGAUCCAACAAUGAGAAAUAACAAGCUUGAGACUCCACUGGAUUUGGCAGCUCUGUAUGGGCGUUUGGAAGUGGUGAAGCUGCUGCUAAUUGCACAUCCUAAUCUGCUGAGCUGCCAUACAAGAAAACACACUCCUUUGCACCUGGCUGCUCGAAACGGACACAAAGCUGUAGUUAAGGUUUUGCUGGAUUCUUCAAUGGAUAUUAAUUACCAGACAGAAAAGGGAAGUGCUUUGCACGAAGCUGCUUUAUUUGGAAAGACAGAUGUGGUUCUUAUGCUUCUGAAUUCAGGUAUAGAUGUAAGCAUUACGGAUAAUAAGGGGAUGACUGCACUGGAUAUUGUUCAAGAGCUACCAUCACAGAAGAGCAAACAGAUUGCUGCCCUCAUUAAGGAUCACAGCUCAGUAAGAAAAGAACAGAAGCAGAUUCCGGUAAUGCCUGCACCUUCUUCCCUCGACAUAGAAAUACAAGGAGGGGGUAUUUCUAGAGCCCUCGUGGAUAUUCAGUUGGAUUUGGAUAACCUAUCUCAAACGGAAUCUCCAUAUGAAGCGCUCUUCAAUGCCUCAUCCUGCCAUUCCCUUGACAGCAUCUGCAGUGAACGUUCAUCUGAUUCACUUAGCUAUGAAGCUGCAGGAGCACGUCGUAAGGAACGGCCACCUCCACCAGCAAAACCUCCACCAGAAGAAGAUGAAGAAUUAGAGAGUAGUAGAGAGAGAGGUGUUACUGUUAGUGAGACAUUAAUCAGUGCACAGAUUUGCCAGGAGGAGGAGAAUCCCUACGAACUGCUAGUUACAGCAGAAACUAAAAGACUGGACAGCAGAGGAGAACGACACCUACAAGAAAUUUGUUGCAUCUCUCAACCUCAGGUCAGACCUCGUCACAAUGCGCCUCCCCAAGACCAAGUAAGGUCUUCUUUAAACCGUCAUGGUUCAUCUGAUCUUUCCAGUGGCCAUUCUGAAGGGGAAUCCCAUGGCUCAGAGAGACCUAAUAGUGGGCAGCGGAGAAGCAGUUCAGGAGGCUGGAGUUUAGCUUCUGCAGAUAGUUGUGACUCUCAUAUGCUACAGCACUUUUCAGGUCUUCUUCAUGGUUCCUCACCAGUAUGUGAGACGAAGGAUCCCCCACUGGCUUGUGAACCUUCAAGUAUAGAGGGCUGCAGUAAUGGUGCUGUUGCCCACAUGGAGCUUCCUCUACGACGGAGUCUGUCCAAGUCUGACUCAGAUCUUUUAACUUGCUCCCCACCAUCUGGCACUAAUGGUGAUGACUGGAAUCGCAGUGAAUCUCUCACAAACUGCUCAACUGUGGCAGGCAAAAGAAGUCUUGAAAAAUCACCGUCUUUUACAUCAGAGUGGGAUGAGCAGCAUCACCUGUGGGCCCCUACAACCACCCCCAAACAACAUAUUGAUAAGAUAAUGAGCUCAAUAGGACAGGGCAUAGAGUUCUCACAGGAGCAGCAAUUUAUAACAGGAUCUUAUGUUCCAGAGCAAAGUGUUGCCCAGUGGUUAAAAUCUAUUGGACUUCUGCAGUAUGAAAGCAAACUAGUACUGAAUGGCUUUGAUGAUGUUCGCUUCUUGGCAGAUACGAUGAUGGAUGAUCAAGAUCUCCUAGAUAUUGGUAUCACAGACCUACAACAUCGACACCAGAUUUUGCGGUUAGCUCAGUCGCUGCCAAAGCCACCUGUACUGUCAGCGGACCUCUCUGUACCCUCAUGGCUACGUUCUCUUGCUCUACAUCAGUAUGCUCCAAACUUUAUUAGUAGUGGCUACUCUUCAAUGGAAACACUUCGGAAUUUAUGGGAGCUUGAGAUUGUAAACGUACUGAAAGUAAAUCUGCUGGGCCACAGAAAGAGGAUAUUAGCCUCAUUGGCUGAGAGGCCAUAUGAAGAUCCUCCACAGAAACCACCUCGAUUCUCACAACUCAGGUGUCCGGACUUACUGUCAUGUGGUUCUUCUCUUGUUUUGGGGGACCAGGUUACUGGUUUGGAAAGUGAAAGAAGCUGGACAGCAGGUGCAGAGAAUACAGAAGAACACCAGGCUAUUCUGGUACCAGCUGUGGAGGAGGAGCCCAGGUUAUCUCUACGCCCUCCAAAUGUUACCACUUCAUAUGCCUCUCUGCAAAAUUGGCAACACCAGCCAGAGAAGUUAAUAUUUGAGUCUUGUGGUUAUGAGUCCAGUUACUUAGGGUCAAUGCUCAUCAGAGAUUUACGGGGGACCGAAUCAACACAAGAUGCAUGUGCCAAGAUGAGGAAAUCUACAGAGCAAAUGAAGAAGAUACCACGAAUUACCCUUUCAAUCAGCUAUAGGGGAGUAAAAUUCAUCGAUGCAUCCAAUCAGAAUGUUAUUGCUGAACAUGAAAUCCGAAACAUUUCCUGUGCAGCUCAAGAUCCGGAGGACCUCUGUACUUUUGCCUACAUCACCAAGGACCUGCAGACUAGCCACCAUUACUGCCAUGUUUUUAGUACUGCCGAUGUGAACCAGGCCUAUGAGAUUAUUCUUACUCUUGGUCAAGCAUUUGAAGUUGCAUAUCAACUAGCCUUGCAGGCCCAGAAAUCACGGCCCCCUGAAGAUGUAGCGAUUAGACUAUCUAAACCUGUUCCUAAGCCUCGAGGCAGUAUUCGUCGACAAACUGUGGAGUCACUGGAAGGAGAGCAUUCUAUGGCCACUUAUGGUGCAGUGUCUUGGGCAAUGGAUGAAAAGAAGUAGUAAGACCUAAGUACCCUUUGAGGAUUCACUAACAGGUUGUGCACAAACAUCUGCAGAUUCAGCAUCCUUCCAGUCCUGCCAUGUGGAAAUCACAGGAACAUCACUGAGCCACAACAAAUUGCAGGGAAUAUAAUAACCUACCAAACUCUGACUUUGUACACACUGUACCAGCUUGCAAAGACAGAAUUUUUGUUUUAUUAUUGGGAGAAACCCUUGUAAAAUAGGUUUGAGAGAAUAUGAGUGAUAAAUCACCCUAAGACUUCUUACACUUGUGGCUGGCCUUGGAUUUGCUUCGGUACUCCAUUUUUUCCCUUUUUUUCAAAAGGAUCACAGCAUCAAGAUCAACUAUCUUCCAGUUUUAUGUAGCAGGUUUUUGUGGUGAUAGUUUAAUUAAGGACAAUUAAAGGUACUUCAUUUUCCUGUCUGACCAACCUAUCAACACACUCAUUUAUUGUUGUUCAAAAUGUGUGCUCCCCCAAUGAACUUUAUGAAAAAAAAUUGUAUAUGUUUUGUUUGCUUGAUCAGCUUUUAAGAAACUGGAGCUGUCACCUCAGUAACCCUUGGUCACAAUUCUUUUCCAGGAGCCACACUGCUACUUCUAUGUUCACAGUACAGAUGAGAGAAAAAUGUGUGGUAUGUGUGUGCAUUUGAAUGUGUCUGCACACACUAUAACUUAGGAAUUAGCUGUCAGUGUCUGCAAAAGAAACCAUGUCUUUUUCCCCUUUAUUAAUGGUAUGUUUUAAGCCUAAUUUAUUCUUCUUUUUAUUUGAGAUUGAAAAUACAAGUGCAUGCGGUACAUUUCCUGACCUGUAUUCCUAAUUUUUAUGUGAUCAGAAAGCUGUGGGUAGAGAUGACAGUGCCCUCUUCAGCUGCAUGCAACUGAAUCUUAGGUCUUCCAUCCUUGCUGGUUUAUUCAAGUAUUCAAAAGGAUAUUCUGUCUUCUCCAUUGCCCAUAUGCAUUUCUACACACAACGUUCCUCUGACAUUUUAGUGCUGUGUGAUUCCCUACACUAACAUGUUUUCUCAGUACUAGUCAGAAGCUGCUACAUAUAAUUACAUAUGUAAUCAUCUUUUAGUUAAUGGUGAUUCAUUUAUAUGACAUUUUCAUAUGGCUAUUUGUAAUACAGACAGAAAUACACUCUGUUCCACAUGAAAGCGUUAGGAAACUUUAGUCUAAAGUAUGUUAAUGAGUGUAUUUCAUAUGAUAGAUAUAAAUAAUCCUAGAUCUAUCACUUUUAUUUUUGUUAUAUUAACUAAUGAUGUAUAAUAGUAUCUUUGUACAAUGACAAUGAACACAUUCUGGUGUAAUGAUGUUGAUUUUCUAUUUACCAAUAAUGAACACUGCUAUGUUGUUGUAUUGGUGAUUUAAUGCAUUGCAUAAAGAUGGUUAUCUUUAAACAAAUA